GCCAGCAUAACAUAUGUUGUAAGGGCCUCUUAUAGUUUCAAUCAUCAUCAUCAGCAGGGGUGGGAGCAGGGGCGGACUGACAAGUCAUGGGGCCCCCGGGCAAUAGGGGAUCAUAGGGCCCCUGUGUCCUUGCCCAAACUCAAAAAUGCCUAUGAAAAAGGUACUAGGGGCAUCUCAUGGGGCCCCCUACUUACCCCGGGCCCUCGGGCAGUGCCCGAGUUUCCAAAUGGUCAGUCCGCCCCUGGGUGGGAGGGC